GGCAUGGCCUCGGGCUGGCCUUCGACGAGCGCCUUGCUGCUGCUAUUGCUCGCCGCCAGCCGGGAAGCGCUCGCAGCAUCAUUUUAUGGCGAAAGCUAUGUACAGUUAAAUGUUGCUGAAUCAUCUUCGACAAUAUCACUGAAAUUACAUUUUCAAACGAGUAAACCAGAUGGAUUGCUCUUUCUUGCUGCAGGAAAAGAAGUUUAUUUUUUUGUGGAAUUACAUUCUGGAAACAUACAAGUGAGAAUCAACCUUGGAGGAGGUGAACAAGUCCUCCAUUCCCACCGGAGUUUCCAGCUGAACGAUUUAGUGUGGCACCUUCUAGAAGUCCAUCAUGAAAGAGAUAAUAUUACUGUAGUGAUAGACAAAAACUAUCAAGCUAGUAUGAAAUUGCCAGCGAUUCUGUCUGAACUAAACAUCGAACAUGGCCUCUACGUUGGUGGGAGUGGCGAGCUUAAUGUUCCUUACCUUGAUGGUGUGCAAACUAAUUUCCGAGGAUGUAUGAACGAUGUGGUAUUUAACAAGCAUGACAUCCUCACAUCCCUGCGACCUUCUAGAUUUAAAAAAGUUCAUGAAGUGUCACUGAGCUGCAGCAGUGAAUUUUUUGCAGGCGAUGAGGAACCUAUUAGUUUCUUUAGCUCCAAGUCCUAUAUUUCUUUUCCUUCAUGGAAUAUCCGGGCAGAAGGAGUCUUGGCAUAUAAAGUGCAAAGCACAGCUCAGACAGGCUUGUUGCUGUACAGUUCUGGCCCAGGGGGAGAUUUUGUUGCAAUGGAAAUUGAAAAUGGACUCAUCAAAGUCCAUGUUGGAAAGGGUAAGAACAAAAUUCAGCUUUCUUCUCUCAUCCCUGUCAAUGAUAGCCGGUGGCACUUUGUCGAACUGAUUUUUUUUGCAAAACAUAUUGAACUUACAGUAGAGAAAGAGACUGUGAAAACAUCGCUGCUGUCGCACAAUAAACUUCCUGUUCUUAAGGGGGCCCUUUAUAUAGGUGGAGUAAAUGACGCCAUCCGGGCAGAAGUGCUGAAACUAGGGUUAGCAUCAGUUUCUGGAAGAUUUGCUCAGGGCGGAUCAUUCAGAGGCUGCUUGAAAGAUUUGAAUGUUGACUCAAAAAGGAAUUCCUUAAAGAAUGUUCUUGUGACUAAGGAUAUUUCAAUAGGAUGCAAAAUUGAGAGUGCUUUUAGUGGAAAUCCUAUUGUAGCCCCUGAAAAGCAACUUGUAGGAACAGCAGUUCCCAUUUUGGCCAUUGGUACUCUAGCUUCCAAAUUCCAUGGCAAAGAGAGUCAUGGCCAGUUUUUGGUUGUGAACAACUUGAUUGUUCCAGAAGGUGGACAAGCAACUCUUGAAUCUAAGCACAUCAAAGUCAAUGUGGAAUUCAGGAAACUAGGGAUUCGCCAGUCACAAAUUCUUUUUAAAAUUAAAAGCCACCCUUCCCAUGGACAUUUGAGGUUGGAUGUAGAAUCAGAGCAGGAAGAGUCCACAUUUAGCAUGCUAGAUUUGUGGCAAGGCAGAGUUCUGUAUGUCCAUGACGGCUCUGAGGAAAGCUAUGAUUAUUUCACUUUUUCCAUUUCUACAAGCAGUAAAAAAAAGAUGCCUCCAAAUCUGCAAGGAAACAAAGAAUACAUGUUUACCGUUACGGUAAGACCCAUAAAUGAUGCUCCAGAACUCACACUCCCAAAUGGGAACUUGUUUGUUCUCUUAGAACACUCAAAGAAAUGUCUGGGUGUAGAUUCAAUAAAUAUUUCAGACAGUGAUACAAGUGCUGCAGACCUCAGUAUUUCAGUCCUUGGGAAUUUGAAUGCAGAUGCAGGAUUUCUAGAGAAUCCCAAGUUUCCUGGAAAGGCUAUUACUACAUUUUCUUACAAGGACUUACAAAAUGGCAGUGUUUGCUUUGUCCACACUGGAGUUAAGAACUCCAGGAUUGUUCUGCGAGCAAGUGAUGGAGAGAAAGUCAGCAACACAGUUGUGCUGCGUGUUGCAGCCACACCCUUGGAUUAUAAAUUGGUCAACAACACAGGAGUUGAUGUUCUACAAGGCGAUGCAGCUUUGAUCAGACUUAGCAAUUUGGCCUCUGAAACGAACGCCUUCCAACAAGAUCUGGAGGUGCAAUAUGAGGUCACAGAGCCACCACGCUAUGGAGAAAUUCAGAGGAGACAGUCUGGUGGAGAAUGGAAAAAAACCAACUCGUUUUCUCAACGCUCUGUUGAACGGGGCCGGGUGAGGUAUGUUUCUACCUUCAGAGAGGUGCAGCAGGAUGACGCCCUUGAACACUUUAAAUUUAAAGUCAGAAUUGGCAGCAAAGUUAGUGAAGAGUUUUUGUUUCCUGUCAUGGUGAAAUGGUUACGGUAUAAUUUCCUGAGACAUGUGCCAUUAGUAAUUGACAAGUCAAAGAAAGAGUACCUGAGCUCUGAUCAUCUGCAUGCUAUGAUGUCACAAGUGGAAGUACCAGAAAAUGAAUUUCAUUACAAGUUGCUGUCCUUGCCUGAGAAAGGAAACGUUCUGCUUAACAAUGUCUCUCUGCAAAUAAAUUCAACUUUCAGCCAGCAGAACAUUUCUGAUAAGAAAGUAGAAUACCAGUUGAUCAGUAGGCCCCGUGGGGAAACUCAGGAUUCAUUUCAGUUCCUGAUUACUACAAAAUAUGUGGUAUCCAACAUCUAUGAUUUCAAAAUCAACAUUAAAACAGACCCACGAAGCAUUCUUUUGACAAAUCGUGGCCUCACUGUUACUGAGGGUGAAGGAAAACUGAUCACGAUAUUAGAAUUAUUUGCACAAACUCUUGACAACACGACCUUCCAGUAUAAAGUCACAAAGAGCCCUCGUCAUGGGAAGUUAACACUGAUUAAUUUUUCUGAUUCUCCAGAAAGUAAUAACAAUCUUAGUAGUUUCACAAAUCAGGAUAUAAUUGGUAAGCGCCUUAUGUAUGUACAUGAUGACUCAGAGACCCAGUAUGAUGAAAUUGAUAUCACCGCAACAGCCAUAAAAUCUGGGGAACGAGUGAGCCCUGACAUGGGCACAGAACCUUCUUUAUCAACAGAGCUCAAAUUUAACAUUUCUGUCCAGCUGAAAAAUGAUGAGAAACCAGUCCGUGUGGUAGAUAAGGUAUUCCACAUUGUUAAGAAUGGAAGGAAACUUUUGACCUUGGAUGAUCUUUGCUACCAUGAUCCUGACACUGAUUUUGAUGAUAAGCAGUUGUUGUAUACCAGGCGUGGCAUUCCUAAUGGAGAGUUGGUUCUCGUCAAUGAAACUUCUCGUAGGUUGUAUCAGUUCAAGCAAGAGGACCUGGCACAAAAGCGAGUGCUGUAUAUACACCAUGGGGCAGACUAUGGCCGCUUUGUGCUGUUCAUAACUGAUGGCAAGCACUAUACAUCAUCACUGCUAGAAGUAAGUGCUUCCAAGCCUUACAUCCAUCUAGAAAACAAUACAGGUUUAUUGAUCCAGAAAGGAAGAGAGGGAACAAUCACUGCUGCUAACUUGAGUGCUACCACAAACCAAGACAUUAGAAGCGAUCAUGAAAUUACAUUCGAGCUGUUCUCAUCUCCGAAGUAUGGAAAAGUUUUUGUAAAUAACUUAGUGCUGGGCACUUUCACUCAACAUGAUCUAAAAAUAGGACAUGUGACUUAUAAGCAUGAUGACAGUAACAACCUGGUUGACGCCUUUAACUUUACAGUUUAUGCUAAAGGUAUCCAGUUGGAUGCUGAAAUGAAUGUCCGUAUAUAUUUGGAAAGUCAUCAGCGUUCACCAGUGGUUGUACAUAACAGCAGCUUUUUGGUUGAAGAAGGAAAACCAGUUAAAAUCAGUAACGGAAAAUUGCUGGUUGUGCAUGAAAACAGUUUGCCAUCAGAGAUAGAGUUUAAAGUACGGUCACCUCCGGUCUACGGGUACCUGAGGAAGUUUACAUCAGAUGAAGGCUACCUUGGAGUAGAAGAAAAUCCAGUUUCGUCCUUUACCCAGCAAGAUAUUAAUGAUGGCAAUAUCCAGUAUGUGCAGACCAUUUCCAACCAGCCCCAGGACAAGUUUUCUGUUGAUGUGACCAAUGGCAUCCGGGCAGUCAGUGGGAUAGAAAUUGCCAUAGAAAUCAUUCCAAAGAUGAUCCCAUUAGAAGUGCACAACUUCACAGUUGCCGAAGGGGGUUCGAAAGCCCUGGAGGAAGAUUUUCUAAAAAUCCCUAGUAGCCAUUUUGCAGGGAUCAAUUGUGAAUUCAGUUUAGUGGAGCCACCAAAAUAUGGGCGUAUUGCAAACUCUCGCUUUCCUGGAGUGGCGCUAGCUAAAUUUACCGCAAAACAGGUGGAACAAGGAUUAAUCUUCUAUAUUCAUGAUGACAGUGAACAACUGCUUGACAAUUUCACCAUCAUAGCGAACAGCACAGAACUAUGGAAACAGAGCUUGCCUCAAAUUAUAUUUGUGACCAUUACACCAGUAAAUGAUGAAGCUCCUGUUAUAAGGAGAAACAAAAUACUUCGGGUCUGGGUGGGUUCAGUCACUGAAAUAACCAUGAAUGAACUCUGUGCAGAAGACAAAGAUUCCUCUCCUGCAGAACUCCUGUAUUCUGUUUCUCCUCCAAACAAUGGCCACUUGGCUCUCAAGUCAUCUCCAAACAAAGAUAUCCUUAACUUUACCCAAGCUCAUAUUGAGGAAGGACAGUUAGUGUUUGUCCAUAGCGGAGCCAUGUCUGGAGGCUUUAAUUUUCAGGUUACAGAUGGUCUGAAUUUUGCACCGCGACAGAUCUUUAGCAUCACGGCCCGAACUCUGGUUAUUCACUUAGAAAAUAAUAACGGGCUGGAGGUCUUUCCGGGCUCUAGGAAACCAGUCACACCCCACAAUCUGAAGGCCAUCACUAAUGAUGUGGUUGAGGCAGAAAACAGAACUAUAUUUUUUACAGUUACAAAUUCCCCGAAACUUGGAAGACUCAUUGCUGUGCUUUCUGGUAACAGCACACAGGAUAUUUCAAGUUUUACGCAAUCCAUGGUGGAUGAAGGGAUGGUCGCUUACGAGCAUGCAAAUAAGGAAGCAGUUGAUUGGAAUGCACAAGAUUAUUUUAUGUUUACAGUCUCCUCCCCACCAGCAGCUCUGGGGCCUCAGGCGUUUCACAUUAAUAUUUCUUAUGACAUUAAAGGGCAUGAUCGGAGAACUCAGCUACUUGCAAACACAGGUGUUGCUGUCCAGGAGGGAGGCAAGAUUUUAAUUUCCAAAACUCACCUAGAUGGUUCAAAUCUACUCUCUAAAUUACCUGAAGCACAGCGAUCUGCAUUUGAAGUAUGGUAUCAAGUUAUAAUGUUGCCCCAACAUGGCAGAAUUAUUGUGGGGGAAAGAAAUAUUACAAGAGAGAAGCCCAAUUUCUCCCAAUACAUAAUUAACAAAUUUGGAAUCACCUAUGUACAUGAUGACUCUGAAUCACUUACUGAUCAGUUUAUUUUUGCUGUGUGGUUAAACCAGAAGAGCAAGUCUGCAACGAAACCUGAUUCCAAUGUGUUAGAAGAGACAUUUAAUAUCACUAUUGUGCCGGUGAAUGACCAAGCUCCAGAGCUAAAGACAAAAAUGCUACAUUUGAAUGUUUUACAAGGAGAUACAACAGUUCUAGGACCAAAAAACCUGAAAGUGGAAGACAUAGAUAACACACCAGAAGAGAUCAAAUAUACCAUCAUAAGGGAUCCCCAAAAUGGCUACUUAGCACUGUGGACUCAUCUCAACGAAUCCAUCAGAGAUUUCACACAAGCUGAUAUUGAUGGUGGCAGAGUCUGGUUUGUACAAGAUGGUAGUUCUUCAUCUGGGGUUUUUUACUUUAGCGUGACAGAUGGAAAACAUCGUCCACUAUACAAACUCUUUAACCUUGAAGUGACACCUAUGUCUGUCACCUUGGUCAACCUAACAGAAGUGGUGCUUCCACAAGGACAGAACACCGUUGGUAUUACGAACAUGCAGCUUUCAGCUACAACAAAUGGGAAAAACUCCGAGAUCAGAUUUAAAGUAACAGAACCCCUCCAAUAUGGUCAUCUAUUGAUCGGCAAUGAACGGGUAACUACAUUUCAACAAGCAGAUUUAUAUGCAGGAAGACUGUCGUAUUAUAUGACCAACCUCAGCGCAUUUAGAGAUACACUGGAAUUCACUGUGUUUACUUUGGACAGUAAUCUAACCGGACAGGUUAUGAAUAUCACAGUACAACCUCUUGUGCGAGUGGCACUUGACUUGAACAUUCCAAAUCAGAUGGCUUACAAACUAAAACCAAGCGACUUGGAUGCUACACAGUUAGCAAACCUGACAGACAGCAGCCCCAAGUUUGAAGUGCUUAUGCCUCCAGCUUAUGGAAGAUUGUUAAGGAGGUCAUUACGUAAUGCUAAAAGCAUAAGACCAGUUGCGUUCACACAGAGUGACAUUGACAAUGGUGUUAUAUUCCUUGAAGCAGAUGCCAAUAUGACAGGUGUGGAUGUAUUAAAUGAUUCCUUCACAUUUAUACUCAGAGCGGACACUGUGCAGCCUGCCGUAGGUCAAUUUCACUACGUCAUCGUGCCACAUGAUCCUUCACUGGUCCAGAUGUUUACAACUGAAGUGCCUCAGUUAACCACUGCUAGCGGUUUAAAGAGUUACACUAUUACAAAAAAUGGACCUCUGGUUUUUCCGAAGGGUGACUUGCACACUGAAGCACCAGCACGGACCCUGUGGCACAACGAAAACCGUUGGGGGCAUUUGGACGAUAGAGACCCAUGGACUAAUGAGGACAUUGCAAGAGGCAGAUCUACUUGGGCCGAGACCACGAUAAAAACAAAUUCCAAAAGCCCCUUGGUUCAGCCCACAAACAGCAGCAACCGACUCUUCAUCAUUAUACCCCUCGUUUCUGUGGCUGUUUUGUUCAUUGUGACCGCCAUUGCUGUUUGCGUCUUCCUGAUGUGUCACAAACCGCGGAAGGCCAAGCCUCUCAUCGCAGAACAGCCACCGACGGCCCUCAGCAGCCCAAGCUUUUCUGCGGAAAGGAGCUUAACUGUUCCUACCGUCACAGUGACCCCCCUGUUAAAAGGCAUGGGCAAAACAACAGCCUUCCCAUUCACGGCCCUCAGACUGGAGCAGCAGCAGCCUGUGCUGGUUGCUCCAGCUGCAGAAAGUCUUCUGCAGAGCGCUUGGUCCAAACUUGACCCAGAAAUGAUCCAGCACUGUCGAAAAACCAACCCUGCCUUGAAACGCAACCAGUACUGGGUAUAGUGUGCCACUGCAGCCCCUAAGAGAACUGUGUGAACCACUGUGACAUUUGGCUGCUCUUUAU